CAGUUUGAUCAACUAUUCAGCCAGGUUAGCUCACUCAAAAUGCAGAGGCGAGAAAGAUACGUGCUCACAAUUUUCUUCGUGACGAGCACAUUUGUUUGGACAACAGAAGCGGGUUCGGAGCAGAGUCAAAAUUACGAUGAUCAACCAAUCGAACUACCACCUAGACCGCGCCGCAGAAAACACAAGGAAACUGAGGAUCUCCCGCCGAUUCCGUCCGAAGUUGGAGGCACCGAUGAACCUGCGUUGAAUUUCGAUGCAGGUUUAUGGACGGACGACUCGGACGGGGAUUGGGAGCCCGACCUGGACCCCAAAUCGAAGGCUGUGGAGAAAUGCGAGAAGCGGGGAGAGAUAUAUUUUCCGGAGACCGGACUGAGGGUGCUCUUGUUUCGGCCGGCAUCGAAGCUCGGCUACGUCACAUGCAGGUACUCUAAAGCAGCCCUCAAAUUAAUGAAGAUGCAGGGGCUCAAAGGCAAAGACUUGCUGAUCUGGCAGUACGUGAAUUAUUUCAACCCCCAGGCGGGCAAUAAGUAUCUGGAGAAGCGCGGACUCAGCAUACGGGUGGAGCUUCCGGAUGAGAAAUCGAACGAUCUCUCCAAGAAGACUGCCGGGAGGACUGGGACCUUUAAACGGGACAAUUGGGAACCGAGGAAGUCCAGUAAAUCUCUCCGAUAUACUCAACGCACCUCUUCGAAUGCCUCGCACAUCAGUGGAAUCUCUCAAGUGUCGAGAGUAUCGCAGGCGACAAAAAUCCUGCGUAAAAAAUUCCCUUCAUUUUUCAAAACCAAAAAGUUCGGAUCAUUUUCGAGCCCCGAUUGAUCCGAGGUCGAUGGAUUUCGAGUGAGAUCAGAGACGGUAAAUCGUCGGUUUCCAGACGAAGGGACGUAACUCCAUUCCAACGUUGCAAAAUAGCCUCAAAUAAUCAUUUUUUUCGCAGUGAUACGACGCGCACUGGGCCGAGUCGGUAGGAGAAGUCGGACAAAAUCUGGAAAUUUUGAAAGCUUUGUUUUCUUAAAAAUAUUCGACAAAAAAAAGUCUGAAAGUGGUUUGAUUGGUUUUUUCGUGAAAUUUCCUGUCAGGAACACCCAUUGGAGUAGAAUUUGCGACGAAAUAAACGUAAAAUUUUGAAAUUUUAGCCAAAUAUUUCAUGUCCGUCUUCUUUUACGAGUUCGUUCGGCUGUGCGACGGUGCGAUAAACGCUCAGAAUGAACUACCGUGUAGGGCGCACUGAAAAAAAAGUUCGGUCGCAUGAACUGAAAGUUCGGUGUUUCGUAUAAUUUCAACUAUUCGGCUUGCCAAACUUAACUUCUUUCAAGUAAAAUUCGAUCGUCGAUUCCGAAUUUUUGAACUGAUUUUUGAAUUUUUUCGAUUUAUUUUGAGUGAAAUUGUGAUGAGAUAAAACGUCUUACAGGGGUCUAAUUUUUACCUUGUCUUGUGGUUUUGGCAGAUAUUUGCAUGUAAUCAGAGGAUUAUAGUAAACUAUUUGGUUAGAAACGCAAAACAGUCUUCUAAUAGGAAAAAUUUGAGGCGUUUAAAUGUAGUUACGUUCUUUCGUCUGGAAAACAAUGAUAUGUGACGCAGAAGACCGAAAACCUCGAGUUGGAAUAGUGCUACGGUAUCUUUGAAAAUUUAUUGAUUCUUAUAGAAAUUAAGAUUAUGUCUUGUUAAGGAUGAGCACAGUGUCGAUGAAAAAUAGGCUUUCACACAAUCGAUUUUAACCAUUGCCUGAUUACAUGGCGUCUUGCAGACCGGUCAAAUUUUCAUCCUCAAUGUUCAUACGUUUAGAUUUCAAUUAGAUUACCUAUGCUAAAAGGAGCCAGAGAUGAGGAAGAAGGAAUGUGAAACAUACUGUGCUCUUCCUUUGCAGGGCAGCAUUCUUCAAGAUGUUCAAAACUCCUAAAAUCUUCAACAUAUGAAAAAAUGUAACCCCUCUCCCCGACAAGGAAAUACAUCCCGUCAUGUUCAGAACACACUAAACUUACAAUGA